GACAAAACUUAAGAAAAAAGGACCCCUUUUUCUCUCUGUAGCCCGCCGGCCGUAUUACAAAGCUCCCUUGGCAUAUCUCUCUCUCUCCCUCUCUCUCUCUCUCUCUCUCUCUCUCUCUCUCAUAUUCACACACUCUGUCAUUUUUCACACUCUCUCGCCGCAAUUACGAUCACCGAUGGACUCCAUCUCCUCGGCGAUCGCCUCCAACCUCCUUUUCCCGGCCACUAAACCUCUCUAUGAUCACUCCACUACUUCUCUAUCAUUCUCUCCGGUAAUUCACACUCUAAAGUCUAAAAAACUAAGCCGAACUAGCGUAUUGACUCGCGUGAGUGCGGAGAUCAAAAGCGCAUCUCCGAUCGACUUCAGUGAUCCUGAUUGGAAAAUUAAGUAUGAAAAGGACUUUGAACAACGCUUUCACCUACCGCAUCUAACUGAUGUCUACGCCGACGCCAUGUCGUAUCCGUCGACUUUUUGUCUCCGAAUGAGGACUCCGGUUAAUGAAGACUUUGCGGAUGGAUAUCCGUCGGAUGAGAAGUGGCAUGGAUACAUUAACAAUAAUGACAGAGUACUUCUUAAGGUUAUUCGAUAUUCUUCUCCAACAUCUGCUGGUGCUGAGUGCAUCGAUCCUAAUUGCACAUGGGUGGAGCAAUGGGUGCAUCGUGCUGGUCCUAGAGAGAAGAUAUACUAUAAACCUGAAAACGUUAAAGCAGCAAUUGUCACUUGCGGAGGACUUUGCCCUGGUCUUAAUGAUGUCAUCCGACAGAUUGUGAUCACCCUCGAAAUUUAUGGUGUGAAAAAUAUCGUGGGGAUUCCUUUUGGUUAUCGUGGUUUUGGCAAAGAAUUAGCUGAAAUGCCGUUGUCCAGAAAAGUAGUUCAAAAUGUUCAUCUUUCGGGUGGAAGCUUGCUAGGUGUUUCUCGUGGAGGGCCCAAUGUUAGCGAAAUUGUGGACAGUAUGGAGGAAAGAGGAAUCAAUAUGCUAUUUGUGCUUGGUGGAAAUGGCACGCAUGCUGGUGCCAAUGCAAUACAUGAUGAGUGCCGCAAAAGACAGCUGAAGGUGGCUGUAGUUGGUGUGCCAAAAACUAUAGACAAUGAUAUCCUUCUCAUGGAUAAGACUUUUGGUUUUGAUACUGCCGUUGAAGAAGCUCAACGAGCUAUAAAUUCUGCAUACAUCGAGGCACAUAGCGCUUAUCGUGGUAUAGGAAUAGUCAAAUUAAUGGGUCGUAGUAGUGGAUUUAUAGCUAUGCAAGCAUCCCUUGCAAGUGGGCAAAUUGAUGUAUGCUUGAUUCCAGAGGUACCUUUCCAUUUACAUGGACCCCAUGGUGUAUUGCGGCAUCUAAAGUAUCUACUUGAGACAAAGGGAUCGGCUGUUGUAUGUGUAGCGGAGGGAGCUGGACAGAAUUUUCUCGAAAAAACAAAUGCAAAGGAUGCAUCAGGAAACAUUGUGUUCGGAGAUAUUGGUGUCCACAUACAGCAAGAGACAAAGAAGUAUUUCAAGGAUAUUGGAGAUCCAGCUGAUGUAAAAUACAUUGAUCCUACAUACAUGAUCCGUGCUUGCCGUGCAAAUGCUUCAGAUGGAAUCUUGUGCACUGUAUUGGGGCAAAAUGCUGUUCAUGGUGCGUUUGCUGGUUAUAGCGGCAUCACAGUGGGUAUAUGCAAUACUCACUAUGUUUAUCUCCCCAUUCCUGAAGUGAUUUCUUACCCCAAGGUGUUGGACCCCAACAGUCGUAUGUGGCAUCGUUGCUUGACAUCAACAGGCCAACCGGACUUUGUAUAAUUAUGGAGCAUUGUGAAGUUAUAAAUAUGAGAUUCAUUAAUCUAGCAUAUGGUAAAACAAAAAUCCUCAGGUUUUCUGAGGUAUCAUUAGAGAAAUAACACAAAGAUGUCAUCAACCCAAAAUUUUGUAUAGCAUAUUAGCGUCGUACUUGAGGUUCACUCGAUGAGUGAUUAUAAAUAUUAUCUCAUGGAGUAGCUAGCUCCCAUUAAACUUGUAAUAAACUAUCUGCUGGAGUAAUUGUCUCCUGGUAAGAUAUGUAAAAUGUUAGUGAAUGAUUUGCUUAAUGAAACUACACUCUUUAUGAA